AUGGAAGGCAAUAACCUGCCACCUGGAAACUUUAUGCAAGGAGCAACUUAUGGCAGUUCAGACUUGCACCGGAAUCCCAUGCAAAUGCACGGUCCAAGCUCCGGUAAUCAGGGCUUCAACCACUCUCAGAUACCUGGCAAAUUCCCCAUGCCUAUGAACCAGGUUACAGAUUCUGACCACUUGUCGGAAUUUCAAUUCAGAGGACAAAGGAAGGCUGAUCACCACCAGGUCCACCACCACCACUAUCACAAGAAGGACUCCAUGAGCGAUGAUGAGGAGCAUGGUCUGAACGAGGAUACCACUGAUAGCCACAGCAGCAAGGGAAAGAAGGGCUCAGCAUGGCAGCGGAUGAAGUGGACGGAUUCAAUGGUUAAGCUUUUAAUUACUGCAGCGUCCUACACUGGUGAGGAUCCAGGAGCUGAUUUAGGAUGUGGAAGGAGGAACUGUGCAAUGGUGCAUAAAAAAGGCAAGUGGAAGGCAAUAUCAAAGGUGAUAGGCGAGCGAGGUUGCAAUGUGUCACCGCAGCAGUGCGAGGAUAAGUUCAAUGACCUCAAUAAGAGAUACAAAAGGCUUACAGAUAUCCUUGGUCGGGGUACAACUUGCAAGGUUGUGGAGAAUCCAGCACUUUUGGAUCGCAUGGAUAAUCUCUCUGACAAGUUGAAAGAUGACGCAAGGAAGAUACUGAGCUCAAGGCACUUAUUCUAUGAGGAGAUGUGCUCCUACCAUAAUAAUAACCGGAUUAGUUUGCCUGAAGAUCUUCCACUUCAGCGUUCACUGCAGUUUGCUCUUAGGUGCAAAGAGGAAAAUGAUAUGAUGAGAGGAGCAAGUGGAGAUGCCGAUGAAGAUGACCAGAGUUCAGACUCUGAUUAUGAGGAAGAUAAUGAUGAGGACCAUCAUGUGGCGCAUAGCAAUAAAGGGGGCUUACCCAUGCAAAAGAAGAUGCGGUAUACAGCGGAUCACGAGGAUGCAGGUUUUGGGAACUCUUUGAGUGCACACGAAUGUAGCCAGAGGUCUAAUCCCCAUGGCAUCGCACUAGAUAUCAACAAAGUUGUUCCAGAUGGAACCAGCUUGGCUUUGACACAGAAGGGCUUAGUAUUGCAAUCUGCAGAACUUGAAAAACAGUGCUUGAAAAUCGAAAAUGAGGCACUGGAGCUUGCAGAACAACGCCUCAAGUGGGAACUAUCCAGUAAAAUUAAGGACAAGGAACUGGAAAGGAUGAGGUCAGAUAACGAACAUAUGAAGAUUGAGAUUAAACGCUUAGAACUGGAGGUAAGGCGCAAAGAGUUAGAGCUUGAACUCAAGCUGAAAGGAAAUGUCAAUCAUUCAUGA